CAGGAGGACCUCAAGGAGCAUCAGGAGGAACCCAAGGAGCAGCAGGAGGACCUCAAGGGGCACCAGGAGGACCUCAAGAAGCACCAGGAGGACCCCAAGGAGCAGCAGGAGGACCUCAAGGGGCACCAGGAGGACCUCAAGAAGCACCAGGAGGACCCCAAGGAGCAGCAGGAGGACCUCAAGGGGCAUUGGGAGGACUUUGAGGGCACCAGGACUUUAAGGGGCACCAGGAGGACUUUGAGGGGCACCAGAAGGACCCCAAGGAGCAGCAGGACCCGAAGGGGCAUCAGGAGGACCCCAAGGAGCAUCAGAAGGACCCCAAGGGAAACCAGGAGGACCCCAAGGAGCACCAGGAGGACCUCAAGAGGCACCAGGAGGACCCCAAGGAGCAGCAGGACCUCAAGGCGCAUUGGGAGGACUUACUUUAAGGGGCACAAGGAGGACUUUGAGGGGCACCAGGAGGACCUCGAAGGGCACCAGGAGGACUUUGAGGGGCACCAGGAGGACUUCGAGGGGCACCAGGAGGACCUCAAGGGGCACCAGGACCCGAAGGGGCAUCAGGACGACCUCAAAGGGAAUGAGGAGGACCCCAAGGAGCAUCAGGAGGACCCCAAGGAGCAUCAGAAGGACCUCAAGGGACACCAGAAGGACCCCAAGGGGAACCAGGAGGACUUUGAGGGGCACCAGGAGGACCUCAAGGAGCAUCAGGAGGAACCCAAGGAGCAGCAGGAGGACCUCAAGGGGCAUCAGGAGGACUUUGAGGGGCACAAGGAGGACUUUGAGGGGCACCAGGACCCCAAGGGACAGCAGGAGGACCUGGAGGAGAACCAGGAGGACCCCAAGGGGAACCAGGAGGACCUGGAGGGACACCAGGAGGACACGAAGGGGCACCAGGAGGACACGAAGGGGCACCAGGAGGUGUCCCAUGCCCCACCACAGAGAUGUUCCACGUCCUACCACAGGGAAGUUCCACCUCCCAAUCCCA